CUCAACAGUUUGCAUCGUUUCAGCAUAAUUACUUUACUAAACCAUAGCUUUGAUAUACUUGUUACUCUAUUCAUCAAACACUGGAACAUAAGUCGCCUGAAGGUCGUAAUAUCUAAAAAAAGGAUUCAGACUAAAUCAGGAUGUUGACCACUGCAGCUCUUUUUCUCAUUGUCGCCAGUAAAGUUGUCCAAGGACAGGAUAACAAUCAAGCUGUUCUAUCCCAAGCACCAACAUAUCCAUUAAGUAUGUCAGAAUAUUCAGUUGAUGACCGGUAUGAUGGUUGUACAGAGAAGAUGGCAAACCUGGUGGAGACAAAAUAUCUAUCUGAAGAAAUCACUGCUAACAUAUCAGGCUUUGGAACUGCUUGGAAGACCAGUGAAGGAAAAAUCCCUGAACCAAAAGAUAACUUAAAUAGAAACCAUUUAAUUGCCAUUUCCGUGUUCACUGGUCAUACCGUAUAUAAACAAUUCAAUCAGGAUGUUAGGAGUGGUAAACUUAAUUACAAAAACAUGAAAUACGCAUGGUAUUCACUUUACUUUUUGUUGACAGAAGCGACACAGAUUUUAAAGAAAACACAACAGGGAUGUAAAUCAACUUAUGGUGGUACCAGUGUUAGGUUUAAUGAGAAUGUUCUGCACAAAGAGAUUCGUUCUGGCGUAUUUGCAACCUCUUAUCUUGAACGUAAAGAAGCAACCAAUUUUGGAAAUGAAUCUUGUUUUGAAGUCACGACUUGUUAUGGUGCUGAGGUGACAAAAUACUCUGAGGUUCCUUCCCAGAAAGAGGUGCUGAUUCCCCCAUAUGAGACAUUUAAAGUGACUGAAAUCAAGCAUGACUGGUGUAAGACUGUGUUUGUGGUGAAAAGCUCUGGAAUAACAAGUGACUUAAACUGUGCAGUUGGAUCAGUCGAGUCCCAGAUAUCUCACAGAUGUCUGUCGCUUUGGCUGACUAACUUUUACAUCUUCGUUCAUUUCUCUUUAUUAUACUAAAUAUUACUUUAACUUCUUAUAAAGCCACACACAUAACAUACAGGAAAAAAUAUACCCUGUCCAUGAAUUAAGAAUUUAUUUCUACAGUUAAUUAAUACAUGAUUUUAACAAGCUAGCUCCUUAUUUUUGGGAAAUCAUUCCCAUGCUUUAUUUGAUCAUUUCUACGUUUUAGGUAAACCGUGUGCAUGCUAUUUUUUACCAAUUUCUGCCAGCAAAUUCAUACAUUUAUUGUCUUUUUACUGUGCAGUGAUGCAACUUCUUAUCCAACCUAAAAGACUGUUUUGGUUGUUUGUCCAUUCCCCCAAAUAGGACCAACAGAUGAGUUAACUAAAUUAGCACCUCUACGGAGCAGGUAAAAAUAUAUAAAUAUAUUAGGGUAUGAAAUUAUAUUUCGGGGUAUCAUUUUGCUAUGCUUACAUGCAUUGGGUUAUGAUUAUCAAUUUAAACUCACACAAUACCUUGGCUGCGUUCAGCCUCAACAAAACAUUGCACAACGUUUAUUAAACAGAAACAGUGAUGCGUUGAACUCCCUGUUGUGAUGACACAAGAGUUGCAAAUACGGUAGCUGAGAAGGCCAUGCUUUGUGUUAUUUUUUAAAUGUUUCUGGAGCCUGAUGAAAUCAUUAUAAAUACGUGUGUAAUACUGUAAAAUACGCUCGCACACUGUUUUGAACUUGAACUAGGUGUUUCAAAACUUCUUGUAAACAUGUUUUUGCCCUCCAGUUUUUGCAGCUUGUUUGCGACCCUGAAUUAAUUUGCGUUGCUAUUGGUAGAUUGCGUUGGACAUUAUGGAAAUCAGCUGUUGCGCCUGUGUUUUUUAAUUUGUGCCUUUUUAGUAAAUAACCUGCAGAUAUUUCCACUCCCAUCUGUGCUUUUUUUGGAAUCGCACUUAAUUUGUGCUCCCGUGCUUAAUUUUCUCUGUUUAGUAAA